CCGCCUCCCGCCGGUGGCGCUGCACUCGGGCACCCGGGCUCCUCCGAGCCAGCAGCCGAGCCGCCCGCCGAGGCUAUGGGCUGCGACGGCCGCGUGUCCGAGCUGCUCGGCCGCCACCUGCAGCCCACGCUCACCUACUGGAGCGUCUUCUUCAGCUUCGGCCUGUGCAUCGCCUUCCUGGGGCCCACGCUGCUGGACCUGCGCUGCCAGACGCACAGCUCGCUGCCCCAGAUCUCCUGGGUCUUCUUCUCGCAGCAGCUCUGCCUCUUGCUGGGCAGCGCCCUCGGGGGCAUCUUCAAGAGGACCCUGGCCCAGUCACUAUGGGCCCUCUUCACCUCCACGCUGGCCAUCUCCCUGGUGUUUGCCGUCAUCCCCUUCUGCCGGGAUGUGAAGGUGCUGGCUUUGGUCAUGGCGCUGGCGGGGCUGGCCAUGGGCUGCAUCGACACAGUGGCCAACAUGCAGCUGGUGAGGAUAUACCAGAAGGACUCGGCCGUCUUCCUCCAGGUGCUCCACUUCUUUGUGGGCUUUGGUGCUUUGCUGAGCCCCCUGAUCGCUGACCCCUUCCUGUCUGAGGCCAGCUGCUUUCCUGCCAACAGCACGGCCAACGCCUCUAGAAGCCACCUGUUCCACGCUGCCCGGGUUCUGGGCCAGCACCACACAGGAGUCCAGCCUCAGCCCAACCAGACCUUCCCGGUACCAGCCCCAAAGGGCGGGGCUGAGACCCGAGUGUCCUAUGCCUUCUGGAUCAUGGCCCUCAUCAAUCUUCCAGUGCCCUUGGCCGUGCUGUUUCUGCUCUCCAAGGAGCGGCUGCUCACCUGCUACGCUCAGCGCAAGCCCCUCCUGCUGCCUGCAGAUGAGCUGGCCCUGGAGACCCAGCCUCCCGAGAAGGAAGACGACUCACUGUCCUCCAAGUUCCAGCCACACCCAGGGCCUGAGGACCUCUUCAGCUGCUGCCAGAGGAAGAACUUCCGGGGAGCCCCUUGUUCCUUCUUUGCCAUCCACAUCACGGCGGCCCUGGUCCUGUUCAUGACGGACGGGAUGACGGGGGCAUACUCCGCCUUCGUGUACAGCUACGCUGUGGAGAAGCCGCUGUCUGUGGGACACAAGGUGGCCGGGUACCUCCCCAGCCUCUUCUGGGGCUUCAUCACGCUGGGCAGGCUCAUCUCCAUCCCCGUCUCCUCGAGGAUGAGGCCGGCCACCAUGGUCUUCGUCAACCUGGUGGGCGUGGUGGUGACAUUCCUGGUGCUGCUUAUUUUUUCCUACAAUGUCAUCUUCCUGUUCUCGGGGACGGCGAGUCUGGGCCUGUUCCUCAGCAGCACCUUCCCCAGCAUGCUGGCCUACACCGAGGACCUCCUGCAGUACAGAGGCUGUGCGACCACAGUGCUGGUGACAGGAGCAGGCCUUGGCGAGAUGGCCCUGCAGAUGCUGGUUGGCCUGAUAUUCCAGGCCCAGGGCAGCUACAGUUUCCUGGUGUGUGGUGUGAUCUUUGGCUGCCUGGCCUUCACCUUCUAUGUCUUGCUCCUGUUUUCCCACAGGAUGCACCCUGGAGCCCCCUCAGUUCCUACCCAAGACAAACCACUUGGAAUGGAGACCUCUGAGCGCUACCAGAGGUGAAAAUGGCUUCGAGAGGUGAGCGAGGACUCCAGCCCCAGGCACCAAGGCAACCAAAGUGCUGCAGGAAGCCGAAGCUCACAGGAGGCCUCUCUCACUGCUGUGGCUUGAAUCUUCUCCAUUCCUACGGGGUUGGGUAGAACACACUGAAUUCAGUCUGGGUACCUGGGCCUUCCCCUGGCAAAUCAUUAGAAGCCUGCCUGCUGAUUCUAUCUGCCUUCAGCUCCCCUGGUUUGGCUCUGGUACGAGCUGUCCGGGACACCGAGCUGGGAGGGCAGAAGGUAGCUGUGCAUGGACCAUAUCCUGGGUUUGAGAUCACUCUUAGUUGAAGUUUGAAAAAAUAGAUUGAAAUUGCAAAACUUAACGAUCAUUGCUAUAUGUAGAUAGAUUUUAAAUCAAUCAAAACAAACCCCAAGUUAUUCCCUGGCAUGUUCCGAAAUUUAUGUGCUUCUUACUAAGAGUCCAGAGUCCCUCCCUGGCCACUGCAGAGGCCAAAAGUCACCUGUCUUGUAGGACAAGGGAGAGACUGAAUCGUGCUCACUGGAACACCAAUUCAGCGGUGUACCUGGCUAGCUCAUGCCAGCUUAGAUCAGUAAAUCUUCAAUUUGAAAGCUGGUUGUCAAACGCAGCCGUGAUUAAAAAAUUAACUAAUAAUUAAAUUAUAUUAAAUAUUCAAAACUUAUCACCUCCUAAUCUUACUCUAGUGAUGCCCCUGGAGUUACAUCUGAGGGACGUGGGCAGUGGAGCUGUCACGUAACGGGGUUGCUGCCAGGCCUCUCUUCCCAGCCCUCUUGAGAGCAUGCUGGUAGCUUGAAACCCACCACGGUGGGAGUAUUUAUGCUGCAGAAACUGGCAAAAGCUACAGAUCAUGGCUUUUGCUCCCACAGGGGCCAGUUCUUAAAUAUCUAUCAGUGCUGACUGUUGCAGAAAUCACCUAGGAGAAUGAGCUGGCUGUUCUAUUUUCUUUACUGACACUGACUGGCAUAUAAAGGUAUAAAGAGCACUAAGAAUUUUUAAAAAUGUCUACUUUGGAUUUUACAUCUUUUAUAGAUGAAAAGUUUUUUAUCAUGUCCAGUUUUUUUUUUUUUUUGGUACCGGGGAUCGAACUCGGGUCCUUGAGCUUGCGCAGUAGAUGGCGAAACCACUGAGCUAAAUCCCCGGCCCUCAUGUCAAGGUCUUUUAACAAAAAGCUGGAACUACUGAACAAUUCUAGCUGCACUCUGUACCAAAAUCGUGUCCUGUCCAGGACUUUUGGCUCCUAUGCAGUGCUGAGGAUCAUAGUUCAGGGAGGAGGCAGACUCAGCUCAGACAGGGCUGGAGGAGGAGGGGGGCUUCUGGAAGCAGGGAAGGGACUAUUUGUGACUUAUGGAGGCAGACAGCCAUCACAGUAACUGGCUGACGUGCACUUUGUGUAAAUACAAACGUACAUGUAUGCAUCGAAACGCAAGCGGAUCAUGGUUCUCAGUACCUGUCCCUGGGCUGCGCCUGGUAUCAAAGGUUCUUUCUUCCUGGAUCUGUGUUAAGUUCGCCAGUGCUGAGCACCGCCAGGCUACAGUGCCGGUAGCCUGGCUGCAGAGAAAGCAGCUCAGCCAAGGGCCUGACCUUCGAGCUGCCUGGCCCGGGGCAGAUCUGUGGGGACACUUCCAACUUCACUUUUUUUUUUUUAAACCAGUAAAGUAACAUUACUAAAAGUACCCUACCUCACAGGAAUUCUCAGAGAAUUAAGUGAAUUUGUACAAACCACUUGCUACAUGCCUGACCUAGAAAUUAAUAAAUUUUAGCAACUUUUAUUUUUAAAACCUCCUCAGAAGCAGUUUAGAAAUUGUUCAUGUGUUUGGUACGUAUUUAUUGUUAAGUAAAACAGAUCCAACUUCUUAGGAAAGCUUGUUGGUGAUCCAGGGGUACUGUUUUAACUAUGUCUAUAAAUCCUUUAAAAAGUAUUAGAUGCUAGUCAGAUCUAAAAUGCAACCUAAUGGUAGUGACUAGCCUGGCCAAAGAGAAAGCAGUUGUAUUUUUCUUGUGGUUUUUCAAGAAAAUACCCUUUUUAUACAGAUUUAGAAAGAAGAAUCAAUGGUAUAUCUAGGCUGAUCAGAAUUAAUUUGUUAAUACAGAAAAGACUAAGACAAAUCAAAGAGUACCUUUCCUAAAAUAAAGUAUUUUAAACUUUAAAUAAAGUAUGAAGUGUAGUGUCUGUCAUGAAGGA